UUGAUAUUAAUCAUAUGGUUGUUUCAUAGAUUACGCAGAUUUAGUUAUUUUACUAUAUUUCGCAACAUCCGCACUAUAAGCAUUAAUGGAUAAGUUUUCGGAUGUCUGUAAGUUGGAACAGAGCCCUAGCACGAUUAGUGGUUUAAUUAUCAAAAAGAAGGACGACAAAGACAAAGAUGUUUUCAAAAAACCAAAACCAUCACUGCUGGGAUUAGAUAAAUUGGCUGCAGCGCAAAGAGCGCGCAAACAAGAAUCGGCUCGAUUGUCCUUCAAAGAAUCUGAUGAUGAUGAUGUGAGUCAUGAUGACAAUAGAUCUAGCUAUAGGGGCGAUUACAAGGACAAAAAUUUUCCUUUCACAUCGAAGAAAUACAGGGAUAAUACCGUAGAGACUCCUACGUACACUGGAGGGGUGAGUGAUGUGGCCAGAAAGCGGCUAGAUAAACGACAAAGAGACGAGCACGGUAAAGGUUUGUACGCUUCAUCGAUGCUACAUGAAAGAGAUAGGCAAGGCGACCAUGGAAAAAGGCACAAGAACACUUCUACUACCCACAGUAGUAGAAGUCAUCGUGGUUAUUCAUCUUCUAGAACACCGAGUUUUAAAGAUGAACCUAGGACUCCUAGAAGCGACCGCAGAAUGGAUGUUUUUGGAUGGGAGGACGACGAUGAUCGACAACCUUCAAGUUCGCGAAAAUCUUCAUGGGAUUACCCGACACCGAAAAUUCCUAAAGGUUCAGAAUCUGUUCGAAGUAAUCGUUCGUCUUCCUCACGCAAUCGAUCAAAAAGGGAGGAUGACACACCGAGACCAACACCUGCGCACAAAUUUAACAAAUGGGCACCAGACAGGAAAGAAUCCGGUGCUACGCCACGCACUACUAGAAAAGGAAUUCCGUGGGAAACUGACGAGGAUAAGGAUUUAUGGGAACAGGAGCAAGUUCGUUUAGACCGCGAAUGGUAUAGCAUAGGAGAGGGAUACGACGAGGAUAAUAAUCCUUUUUCAGGAGCUAGUUCGGAGUAUCUUGCUAAGCGUGAGGAGCAACUGGAGCAACGUAGAAUUAAACGUAUGUCUGCUCAACAAAGACAAAUCAACAAAGAUAACGAAUUAUGGGAGAAAAAUAGAUUGUUAACUUCCGGCGUUGUUAUGUCUAUCAACUUUAACGAGGACUUUGACGAAGAAGCUGUUGAACGGGUUCACUUACUGGUUCAUCACACAGUUCCACCUUUUCUGGACGGUCGUAUCGUUUUUACUAAGCAACCGGAACCCGUAAUUCCGGUAAAAGAUGCUACAUCCGAUAUGGCUCUUGUUGCAAGAAAAGGAAGUCAGCUUGUAAGGACCUAUCGAGAGCAGAAGGAACGCAGAAAAGCACAGAAAAAGCAUUGGGAGCUAGGUGGCACUAAACUGGGAAACAUCAUGGGAGUAGCAAAGAAACAGGACGAUGAGGAUGCAAAGUAUGACGCAGAUACAGAUACAGCGGAUUAUCGGAAGGAUCAAAAGUUUGCACAACACAUGCAAGAUCAGAAUGAUGAUGCGGACUUUACACGGAAAAGACCUAUAUAUGAGCAGCGUCGAUCGUUGCCAGUGUUCGCAGUGCGGCAAGAUCUGUUAAAUGUAAUUCGGGAAAACUCCGUUGUUAUUAUAGUGGGUGAAACAGGUAGUGGUAAAACAACACAAUUAACGCAGUACUUGCAUGAGGAUGGCUACAGUCGUAUGGGAAUGAUUGGCUGCACACAGCCCAGAAGAGUGGCGGCAAUGUCAGUGGCAAAACGAGUCUCAGAUGAGAUGAACACUAAAUUGGGACAGGAAGUAGGAUAUGCCAUUCGCUUCGAAGAUUGCACGUCAGAGAAAACUGUUAUAAAAUAUAUGACUGAUGGCAUCUUACUUCGAGAAAGUCUAAGGGAUAGUGAUUUAGAUGGUUACUCUGCGAUCAUUAUGGACGAGGCCCAUGAGCGCUCACUUUCUACCGAUGUUCUCUUCGGUUUACUGCGGGAUAUCGUCGCCAGACGCAGAGAUUUGAAGCUGAUAGUCACUUCUGCCACUAUGGAUGCCACUAAGUUUGCCUCAUUCUUUGGAAAUGUUCCGAAUUUCACAAUUCCUGGUCGAACCUUUCCUGUGGAUAUCAUGUUUAGCAAAAAUGUAUGCGAAGAUUAUGUUGAUUCAGCAGUUAAGCAAGCACUACAGAUACACAUCCAGCAAUUGGAAGGAGAUAUGUUGAUUUUUAUGCCCGGUCAGGAAGAUAUUGAAGUUACCUGUGAAGUUCUAUCGGAAAGAUUGGCUGAAAUCGAAAGCGCCCCGCAACUUUCAAUUCUACCAAUAUAUUCUCAAUUGCCGUCCGAUCUACAAGCAAAAAUUUUUCAACGAUCAGCUGAAGGUUUAAGAAAAUGUAUUGUUGCUACCAAUAUUGCUGAAACAUCAUUGACAGUGGACGGAAUCAUAUUUGUCAUUGAUUCUGGUUACUGUAAACUCAAAGUCUAUAAUCCACGGAUUGGCAUGGAUGCACUACAAAUAUAUCCAAUUUCACAGGCCAAUGCUAACCAACGGUCCGGUCGAGCUGGUCGAACGGGUCCUGGACAAGCUUUUCGUCUUUACACUGAACGCCAAUAUAAAGAUGAGUUACUCCCUCUUACUGUACCGGAAAUUCAACGUACCAAUCUAGCAAACACAGUACUGUUGCUGAAAUCGCUGGGUGUAGCCGAUUUAUUACAGUUCCAUUUUAUGGAUCCACCGCCCCAGGAUAAUAUUCUUAAUUCAUUAUACCAGUUAUGGAUUCUGGGCGCUUUGGAUCACACGGGAGCUCUUACACCGCUAGGACGACAGAUGGCGGAAUUUCCACUAGAUCCUCCGCAAUGUCAAAUGCUUAUCGUAGCCAAUCAGAUGGGGUGCAGUGCUGAAAUUUUGAUAAUAGUUUCGAUGCUCUCGGUUCCAUCAAUAUUCUAUCGCCCUAAGGGAAGAGAAGAGGAAGCAGAUAACGUGAGAGAAAAGUUUCAAGUACCAGAAUCAGAUCAUUUAACCUAUCUAAAUGUCUAUCAACAAUGGAAGAUGAACAAAUAUUCGUCUAAUUGGUGCAACGAGCAUUUUAUUCAUAUCAAAGCAAUGCGCAAAGUUCGUGAGGUUCGUCAGCAACUGAAAGAUAUCUAUGUGCAGCAGCGAUUAGAUGUGAAAUCCUGCGGCACAAAUUGGGACGUUGUGAGAAAAUGUAUUUGCUCAGCCUAUUUUUACCAAGCGGCCAGGCUGAAAGGCAUUGGCGAGUAUGUUAACCUUCGUACCGGAAUGCCCUGCUACUUACAUCCUACGUCUGCUUUAUAUGGUUUGGGAACCACUCCAGAUUACGUUGUCUAUCACGAACUCGUAAUGACGGCCAAAGAAUAUAUGCAGUGUGCCACUGCUGUAGAUGGAUUUUGGCUUGCCGAGCUAGGGCCAAUGUUUUUCUCUGUUAAAGAAACCGGAAAAAGUAGCCGUGAAAAACGAAAACAGGCUGCAGAGCAUUUACAUGAAAUGGAAUCCCAGAUGCAAAUGGCUCAAGAACAAAUGGAAAAACAAAAACAAGAGGAGGCACAAAAGCAGCAACAAGCAAUGUUUAAACAAGAAAUUGUAACCCCCGGAGCCACACCGCGGAGAACUCCUUCUCGAAUUGGGCUGUAAAU